AUGUCUGAAGAACACGCUCCUUCUCAAUCCGCAGAUCUCUCCUCUACAGCAUCAUCAUCAUGGCGUCGACUGUCCCACCCGCCUUUACCGACCUUCCGACCCAACAUCCCGAACUUACGAGCUGCGCUGUUGGGUUAUCUGGGGGAGGUGGAAGUGGCCUUACGAUCGAAAUUGGGUGAACUGCCGCCAGCGGAAGAAGAGAGAUUGAGAGCUUCAUCUUCUUCACCCUCUAUCUCGGGCGAAGAUGACGAGCACGACUAUGAUUAUGGAGAAGAUGAUUUCGGUGGUGAGGCUAUAGGUUAUGCAUCCUCAAGUAAACUAGGGAACUCCUCAACGACAUCUACAUCUGGAUCAGGACUCAGAAAUAGAUUCGAGACUACCAAUGGAGCUGGAGGAAGUAGAGGAUUAGAAUUUAGUCAUCAUCUCAGAUUAUUGAACCAUCUAUCAACAUUGAGAGAAGAAGCGUUAAACUACCUCCCAUCAUUAUCUGUCUCGGUACCUUCCGUAGCAGUACCGAUCAUACCCUCAUACCCAUCCAGAGAAUGGUUGCGAUCCCUUCCUUCACGAUUAUCAUCCAUUGACCCAGCUCUGGUAUACAGAUCAUCAUCGGUACAGGAAGGGGAAAACAAGGAUCACCUAGGUGCAGUGGAAAGUGCACGUAAGAGGGUUUUAGAAGUUGUUCAUACAUUCUUACCAUCCGAGGAAUGGGCAGGAUGGGAAAAAUUAGGUUGGGAAGAACAAGAAGAUGAUUUGGCUUUCCACGAUAAUCAACUUCAUCCUCCUCUCAAAUCCAGAGUAAGCACAAGAGGCAGAGCGGCUUCCUUGGAGAGAUAUCCUCUAGGAGAUGAAGAGGAGGAUGAAGAACCCGAGUAUCUUUUCCCGAAUCGUACGCCUGCGUCUCUCCAGGCGAAUAGACGAAGAGCAGUGAGGUCAAAGUCCCUAGGAGCGUCAAGUUUCCCUACGAAAAGUACGAUACAGGCUAUAGGAAGAUUGAGUCCAGUAAAAAAAGGGAAAUUGCAAAGAUCGAAAACUGAUCCGUACGGAAAAGCUACGUCGGUAGAUGGAACGGAUCAUGAGGAUAUAGAUGUUGAUACGCUGCUAGGUAAAGAUGUAGAAGGACAAGAGAAAGAAGAUGAAGAGGACGAAGAAUAUAUCUUGAAAUAUCCUGAAAUCACAGAUACCAAGUUGACUGCCUUGGUAGCUGAGCAUGAUGAUACUAUGGGUCCGACUGUACAGGAGUCUUUGAGAAGAUCCGAUGAUGGGAAAAAGUUGAUAAGGUAUGAGGAUUUACCGGCGUUAUGGAGAAAUAACGAACAUGUUCAUACUGGAUACCGUUUCAUCCCACUUCACCUCAAGACCGGUCCUGUCCCACUGAUCAAAUCGGCUUUUACGAUGCACAACGAAACGGUUAACAUCCACACUCAUUUCAUCCCCACUAUUCUUAUCUCCCUUUUCAUUCCUUACAUGAUUUUGAAUCCCCCCUUGCCAAAUGCACACUUACUCGACACCCUCAUCUUGGCAUUGUACCUCAUCGCCGCCAUUUCCUGCCUGUUCUCGUCGGCAAGUUGGCACGUACUCAGUGGAUGCGCUUCGAAGAGAUGGUUUGAGUGGGGUGCAUGUGUCGAUUGGCUCAUUGCUGCAUCUUUCGGAACGGUAGUAUAUAAUGGUUUUUACUGUCAACCCAAAUUAGUCUUAUUGUACUGUACCACCAACGCAUGUUGCGGUGCGUUAGGAUCUUAUCUACCUUUUCAAAAAUGGUUCAACGAGAGGAGGAACAAGCACCUACGAAUAACCUUCUUCCUCGUUUUGUGCGUGGCAAUGUUCGCUCCGAUGCUUCAACUCUUCUUCCAACAUGGUUUCUCCAAGGCACUAUCUUUUGUCGCCCCAUUCGGAUGGUCAAUUUCAACUUACUUGAUAGGAUUAUGGUUCUACGCCAUGCAUUAUCCCGAGUGUAAUUGGCCAGGUAAAUUCGAUAGAUGGGGGAUGUCACAUCAGUGGUGGCAUGCUGGUAUAGUAUUAGCUAUAUGGCUUCAUUAUCGAGCGGUCUUCGUCGCUCACGGUAUGAAAGAUGAGUAUUCUUGUAUGGCUCCAGGUGCAGGAAGGAGUGUAGCUCAAGUAGUGGAAAGUUGGUUCAUUGGGAUGUGA